AUGGCAGUAUCGCCGUUCGGAGAAAAAAAGGAAUCGACGGUCGACGCAAGGCCCAAAUGUGACUCAAGUUUUGAUUUUAGUCCAUCGUUGGAUAUCAAUGAAAGGAAGUCCCCUUGGAGGUCUUUAUGGAUCUCCAUAGCUCUGCAAGCAAUGGUUGGAAUUCAGAUUUCAAUCUACUUUAUGUCGAUGUGGCCCUACCUAAGCAGCCUUGAUAGCGCAGCCACUGUUGACUUCUUCGGUUGGAUUGUUGCUGCUUGUAGCUUGGGAUGUUCAGUCGCCAAUCCUCUUUUCGGCUUUUGGAACCAAAAAACCAUGUCCAUUAAGUCCCCAAUCACCGUUGGAAUGCUUAUGACAGCCAUUGGGCAAAGUGUUUAUGGACUUUUACCUCUUUUUGACCACAAUCACAAGUGGAUAAUGAUGGCUGCAAGACUUGUGACAGGCUUUGGUGCAGGUAGGAAUUCUUGUGUUUGGUUUGUACUGAGAUUAGCGUACUAUCGCAAAAGGGUGUUAAAAAGGUGA